CGAAAAUCUUGCAUUUCUGUAAAGACCUAUGUAGGAACGGUCACGUCGGAGUCUGUAAAAGUUUGUUAUAUUUGGAAAAUAUAGAAUUACGAAAUGGCGGCUGAUUCUGUGGACGAUCGGGAGAUGAGAGAAGCACAGAGAGAAUAUCUGGACUUCUUAGAUGACGAUCAAGACCAGGGGGUCUACCAGAGCAAGGUACGGGACAUGAUCAGCGAGAACAAGAACCGCCUCAUCGUGAACAUCAACGACCUGAGACGACGCAACGACGUGCGGGCUACCAGGUACACACACACACACACAUUAACGUGGUGUACCAUUUAUGCCAUGAAUGCGUAUCGUGUUGGUCUGUAGUUGAGUGAUCCACAA